AUGGCUACAAACGAUGCCACCAAUGUCCCCGGCGGUCUCAACCCGGCUCAGCUUGACCAAUUUCAUCGUGAGGGCUUCCUCAUCCUCCCUCAGGCCUUGGACUCCUCCACUGUUGCCGCCUGCCUCGAGGAGACAAACAACCUGCUCGAGAACUUCUCUCUUGAAGACCACCCCAUGACUCGUUUCUCGACUGGCCAGGAAGGUGCUGAUCAUGUUGGCGACGACUACUUUCUCUCCUCAGGCGAUAAGGUGCGCUUCUUCUUCGAGGAAGACGCCUUCGGGCCCGACGGAAAGCUCACCAAGCCCAAAGCUCGCGCUGUCAACAAAAUUGGCCACUAUCUGCACGAACUCUCGCCACCCUUCCGCGCCAUCUCGUCUCCCGCUCCUGGUGCGGGUCAACCUGUUGACCCUGGGGCCGUGGCACGCUCUCUCGGCUUCCAAGACCCCAGGUGCUUGCAGAGCAUGGUCAUCUGCAAGCAGCCCGAGAUUGGAGGCGCCGUGCCGCCGCACCAGGGACUCAACCUUUUUGUACACAGACCCCCCUUCUGCCGUCGGCUUCUGUGGGCGCCCGUAAAAGAGAGGCUUGUGCGGAAGAAGGUGGGCGGCAAAGACGUGGGUACCGAGAUGGUGGCGAACAAGGGACCAGUCUUCCCGCCUGGUUCGGACUACAUCGAGAAGCAGGACCAGGACGGGGAGUACGUCCCCGGAGAGGUGAAGGCGGGUGAUCUCGUACUGAUCCACGGCAACCUGCUGCACAAGAGCGAGCGGAAUACGAGUCAGAAGGGGCGUAUUAUUUACACGUUCCACAUCAUCGAGCAGGGCGGUCCGGCCUACGAUGAGAGGAACUGGUUGCAGCCCCCGGAGCAGGGUUUCACGAAACUGUCUGCCUCGGCGUAG